CUGACGCACCGGUGCUCCUGUUCCGCAGAUGACCGGCUCUAACGAGUUCAAGCUGAACCAGCCGCCCGAGGACGGCAUCUCCUCGGUGAAGUUCAGCCCCAACACGUCGCAGUUCCUGCUGGUGUCGUCCUGGGACACGUCGGUGCGCCUCUACGAUGUGCCCGCCAACUCCAUGCGGCUCAAGUACCAGCACACGGGCGCCGUGCUCGACUGCGCCUUCUACGAUCCAACACAUGCCUGGAGUGGGGGAUUAGAUCACCAAUUGAAAAUGCACGAUUUGAACACGGAUCAAGAGAAUCUUGUUGGAACGCAUGACGCCCCUAUCAGAUGUGUUGAGUACUGUCCAGAAGUCAAUGUGAUGGUUACUGGCAGUUGGGAUCAGACUGUUAAACUGUGGGAUCCCAGAACUCCGUGCAAUGCCGGGACCUUCUCGCAGCCGGAAAAGGUGUACACCCUCUCAGUGUCCGGAGACAGGCUGAUUGUGGGCACCGCGGGCCGCAGAGUGUUGGUGUGGGACCUGAGGAACAUGGGCUACGUGCAGCAGCGCCGGGAGUCCAGCCUGAAGUACCAGACGCGCUGUAUCCGAGCCUUUCCAAACAAGCAGGGCUACGUUCUGAGCUCUAUUGAGGGCCGAGUGGCAGUGGAGUACUUGGACCCCAGCCCUGAGGUGCAGAAGAAGAAAUAUGCCUUCAAGUGCCACAGGCUGAAAGAAAAUAACAUUGAGCAGAUCUACCCAGUCAAUGCCAUCUCCUUCCACAACAUCCACAACACGUUUGCCACAGGUGGUUCUGAUGGAUUUGUUAAUAUUUGGGAUCCAUUUAACAAAAAGCGACUGUGCCAGUUCCAUCGGUACCCCACCAGCAUCGCGUCUCUUGCCUUCAGUAAUGAUGGGACCACACUCGCAAUAGCAUCGUCCUAUAUGUAUGAGAUGGAUGACACGGAGCAUCCCGAAGAUGGAAUCUUCAUCCGCCAAGUGACAGAUGCAGAAACAAAGCCCAAGUCCACCUAGCCGUCUCGUGGAGGUGGUUUCUCUGUGGGAAGCUGUUUCCUCCCUGCAGACACGUUCUGUUCCGGGCAUGCAUGCGGUCGCGUGGAUGCGGCGCUAGUGUGUGGGUUUCCCUGUGUUCCGUCGGGUGCGGACCUUGUCUGCGCCUGUCCGUGCCGGCUCCGGGGCAGGGAGCCGGUGUCCCUGUGCAGCAGCCGAGGAAUCGUCUCCCACUCCCAGUUUUUCCUGAGCCGCUUGGGCCCUUGUGUAGAAUAAUCUGACCCUGUUACUGUCACGCUGUCUAAUAAACGAGCGACUCAGACCCUUA